UCUGAAGCCGAGCGCAGCCGAGCGCUGGCCGAGCGCUGGCCGAACUGUGGCGAAGGUGGCGUCAUAUGUUUCUCUCGCUCGCUCGUCUCGCAGUCUGUGAAGGAAGAAGGAAGAGCAAUGGCGACGCUGUACCGCCGCGCGCUCACACUGCACACAGGAGCCACAACACGCACUAUAUGCUUUUGUAUAGUCACGUCCCAACCCAUGAGGAUUUCAAACCCGUUGUUUGCGAUGCCUGCAACAAAGUCGUUAAGCCUCAGGACGUCCUGACUCAUUACGAACACGUGCGCUCGCGGAACGGAGAGGUGUCUCGCGCGGCGUGAGGCGAUGGUAAUUCACAGAAGGCCCGUUGGCAGCUCGCCCUCGCCCCCUUCCGACGGCGAUUUCACAUAGCUGCCUUUCUCUCUCGUCCCCUGCCGCCCCCUUUGAGAGCGGAGAGGCUGCGAGGGUUCAGCGCAGAGGUCAACGACUCACAGCUAUUCAACUCAAAACACCGCGGCCCAGAAAGAGAAGGCGGGAUGCCUUCAGUCACACAGGAGGCUUGCUAUUCUCUCGUCUUUUUCUCUUUCGCUUUCUGUUUUUUUUCUUCCAUCCUCUCAACCGCCGCAGAGCAGACAGGCUGGGUAGUUGGGGAAUAGUUGAACAGUGAGUAGAGAGGAGCGCGUCCACCUCGAGCCCUCCAGAGCCAUGCAUAGCAAGAACCAGAGGAGACACUGCUCACCCAGCAGCUCCAGGACCCCUCUGGUUCCUGUCAAGGCCAAGAUGUCGGUGGGCCAGAGCGAGGUGGAGCCCCUUCCCUUCCGGGUUCCUCGCGAUUACCCACACUCACGCUUCAGCAAGGCGCCGCUGGCCGUCUAUCCGCCCAAAGGAGCCCGAGCCAAGGCCUGCGUGUCUUUACCUGUGGUGAGUCUGGAGAAGAUGCCGUGUUUCAACCGAUCGGAGGGAGCGCUCAUCAAAGUCACCUCCACGUCUCCCACGGCGGGUUCUUCUCUUUCUUUCACCUCCACGUCUUCCUCUCCAUCUUCCGCUUCUCUCAAGUCCUCCUUGACGUCACCAGCAUCUCACAAGAACCAGGAGAAGUUCCUGAACGGUCGCGGUCCUGUGACACCUCGCUCCACCACGCCCCCCUCGCUGAUUGACAGGCGGCCCAGCCCGUCACGGUCGCCCUUGGAGAAACGGCCCGCCCCCUCGCCCUCCCCACAGGACAGGAGACCCGCGGCCUCCACGUCUCCAUCCCUAUUGGACCGGAGACCGAUAGUCCCUCCUUCUCCACCAGACAAGAAGCAUCAGAAUGGAGCCAAAGGCGGGCGGCACCGAAGAGUGUCGGGGAGAGUGUUUGAUCCUAAUAAACACUGUGGGGUUUUGGACCCAGAGACAAAGCGGCCUUGCACUCGAUCUUUAACCUGCAAGACUCACUCUCUAACCCAUCGGCGAGCCGUCCCGGGACGGAGGAAAGACUUCGACAUCCUUCUAGCGGAGCAUAAGGGACGGGCGAAGGAGAAGGAGACGGGGCAAAAAAAGGAUGUUCAAGCAGGCAGCCAAUCAGUGCAGGUCACACAGUCACAUGACUCAGCAACCAGCCUAUCCACAAGCUGUACCAAUGCCAAGACCACGCCCACUCUCAAACUGCAGCUGGCCAAUUCACACUUACACAGCUCUGCAGCCGUUCCUCCUCCUGAGCUCAGCUGGCAGCAGUGCAGCAGAGACGCACAUCUGUCCAGCGAUGAAGGAGAAAGCGACCUCCCUGAGGAGUCUGAGAAGCUGCUGUGCCACUAUUCUCCACAGCACCCGCGAGCCAUGAGCUGCUGUGCGUUCAGCAGUCGGUUGAUGGGACGGGGGCACUACGUGUUCGACCGGCGGUGGGACCGGGUGCGGCUGGCGCUCCACUGCAUGGUGGAAAAACACGUCAACUCUCUCAUGUGGAGGAAAGUCCCCCUAGCGGUGGAGAGCAUGACUAGCUCGACUGAAGUUUCUCCCCUCGGCUCUCCGUUCGUCCCCAACCACGCGCUGGCGGCUCCUCUGGACGGCGUCUCCAUGGUCUCGUACGCCACCUCUUUCUCUCAUAACGGCGCUGGGGUUUUCUGCAUCCGGGACCCCGGACCCGGACCCAGACCGCAGCGGAAUAAACCGGCCAAGCCGCCCAAAGCCUCAGGGGAUGGAACGGGACCUAAAAAGCGGAAAGCGCCUCAGGCCUCUGAGUCACGAAAGAGCGGGAGCAGCGGGAACAGCUACCAUCUGCCACUGGGCGCGGCACACAUCAGUAACGGGACGGCGGCCCUCAGCGUGCGGGCCAAGCCGCGGCCGGGGGCCCCGGGGCCGAGGGAGCAGGACAGGUAUGGGAGCGUGGAGCUGUCCCUCCCGCAGGCGCUCACCGGGGAUCACGGGGGCGUCUCGUCCCACAGCCCGCUGCCCUACGGAUCCUCCGAUGGGAGGAAGAGGAAGAGCUCUGGAUCGAGCGCCAGCAGCGACAAACCCAGCAAAAGCACCAAAUCCACAGAACUGGACGGGGUCUUCAGGAAGAGCAGCAGCGGUUCGCCCCACAGCGCCCUCCCCAGACAGAAGAAGAAAACAUUACAGGUCCCAAGGUCCCUCACUGAUGCAGUGUGAGUUUGAGAAGAGCUUGGGACGUCCUGUAGACGCGGGACGCCAGCACUGUGUCUGUCCUGCCUUGAUCCCACCGCUGCCUCUACGGUUGAGUCACGUCCUUCGCGUCCUCCUUUCCUACAGGGCUUCUUCCGUUCUGUUCCCAUUAGGAAUAAACGCUUCAUCUGCCAGUUUAUCGAAGAAUGAUUUCUCACGUUUCCUUCAGUCUCAUGCAGAUUCAGAUUUUGAUUUAACCAGUACACAACACGUUUCAGACAUUCAGCGAUACGGAGUUUUAUUUUUAUUUUCACGUAGAUGAGGACAACAUGAAGGAACACACUUCAGACUCAACCGUGUCGAUCUAAAGUGCACUUAAUUUCAAGUCUGAACUACGUAAAAAGGAGGGUUUCAAACAAGGGAAUAUUUUACAGACGCUUUUUCGGCAAGUUGUAUUUUUCUAAAUUGGAUGAAUUCCGGGUUUUGAGUAUUUGUUUUUGACACACAAGUGUUUGUCGAUU